AUGUUGGGAAGCUUUUUCACCUCACCGGUUUCCAAAGCGUUUGACACAUUGAAGCAGGCGGUGAUUGAAUUUGUCGAAGAAGAAGAUAUUCCAGGACUGUCCGGUAGAGCGCACACUCAAAGGCGUGAAAAAGAACGAUUGUCCAAGCCAGGCUUUAGUGGGCCAUUCCCACACCAGCCGUGUCAGCAACAACGGGGGAAGAGCACUUCUGCUGAUCAGUUUCAGAUGCCUCCGCAUUCUCUGACACAGUCCUGGCGAGACGAGCAAAACGUGGGACAGUUACAAAUUGAACCGGAUAUACAGGAAGUCAGAUCACCUCCGACAAAAGAACGGUUAACCUCGGAACUGCAAAGCCAAUUGCAUGGAUUAGUUCAACCGACACGACUGCAGACCGCGAAUCAAGGGGUGUCGGUGCCAUCGACUGUAGCAACCGGUACCACGUUGCCCCAUCAGGACAACGUGGAGCAUAACAAGGAUCACCUUGGAAAACUGCAAAAUGACUCGUGGAAUGCCAGAUCGCUGGUAAAACAAAAGACAGUGAGGAGCCAAGACGAGUCUUUUCAUCGCGGUCAGCAAGUGAAUAGGGAAGAAUCGCAUCAGGAUUCAACGGAGCAAAUUGGCGAUUCACCUCAACAUUCCCCAGCUCUGAACCAACCGAAGUCGACCAAAAUGAUCCAACUUCCGCUGACGGACUAUGCAGAAUCCUCCGAAGAAACCUCCAAGGCAAGUGAACAAGCCCAUACUAUUCGGUCAGGCGACCAGUUGCCUGAAUGUGGGGAGAAACUACAUCAUUCCACAUCGUAUCCUUGGAAGCUGGCCGAGUCAGAAGAAGCUAAAAGGGAGAAUCAGCCCAGUAACCACCAUCUGCGGUCACCAAGUAGCCCUCACGAUCAACAUGUUCUCGUCGAAUCACAUCCCAACCUCCUCGUCGGGCACAAGGUAUCCAUUGGUACCGUCGUCCCUAUGCCAACUGUGGCCGACCAGCCUCAUUCACCGUCCCGCUUCUCAGUCUCUAGGAUCGUCCAUUUUGCAGGUGAUUCAAACUCGCAACAGGACCACGAGACUCUGGGCCAAAAGUUGAAAGUGACCGCCUCCUUUCUUCAGUCGGCACAGGCAGAAGCGUUUGAAGAGCCGAGAGAAGGUAUAAAACGGCUACGAGCGAUGCUCUUGGAUGCUCACAUCAGCCUGGACGACUGUCUGGGACCUCUGGCCAUCGACAAGACCAGCCUUCCGCGUCUCGGCGAGCCAAAGAGCUGGUCGGACGCUGAAGAGACUGUCUCGUGUACCAGCGAGCCCCUGUUUCCCAGACCACGGUCCCUUUCUCCCCAAGGCUCAGCUGCCUACGAUAGAUUUCUGGGCUCGGUACCCGGCCGACCGAUAGUCGCAUCACCGUUCCGCCCAAUUUCCGCGGCUCCCGCCUAUCCAGGCUCUCUGGAUCUUACGCAAGUGCCACAACUAAAGUCGCCCUGGUGGCGUCUGUCUCACACACGGACAGUAUUCUCCGAAAUGGGCAGUCGGGUUGAAGCCGACCCUCAAAUGGACUCGUUCUUGACCUCCAUUUUGGUGGAGCCUCAACUGCGCGGGCUAUUCACAUGGUCAUACGAUUCCGUGCCUGAGUACACCCCAGCUGGGGGACUCAUCACACUUCCCAUCGACGAAGUUGGAAUGUCCUCAAAUUUACAGUAUGGAAUGAAUGUACUCCAUCCUCCUCCGAGCUGGGCCAUGAAAAAUGAAGGUAAGAGGUGGUAUACUGGAGAGCACAUACCAAAGUGCUUGGCUCAGAGAUUCGGCUCUACAAAAGUGUUGGCGCCUCGUUUUUGA